UUAUUCGAAAGCCAAAAUACAAAACAUCGCAAACUACAUGAAAUUUGUGUGCUUCAAAGUUUACUAAACACAAAAUUUACGGCAAAGGAUUAUGAGACUAUUAUCCACCUAGAGUUUGCUGGUUUUGAAUUAAGUUCUUAAUUAUUUAAUACAUCAAAUCACAUCAAAUGAGCUGUACCGCUGACUUUCCACUAGUUACACCCUGAGAUGUGUCGGAAAUAAAAACUUCGUCGGCCAAAUAAAUAAUUUGUCCCUCCUCCAAAGAACCCACCCUGAAGAAGAAUGGCUGAAUCAGAAGAUUUUAAUGGAAUAAUCGCCCCGGAUACUUUCAUGGAGACUUUGCUUAAAUAUGGACUUUACAUAGGCGCAGUAUUUCAAUUAUUCUGUAUAGCAGCUAUUAUUGUUAUUCCAGAGAAAUAUUUGGAUUCACCGAAGGAUGAAGGAACAGACGAAGACUCAAACCAUAGUAGUCCUCACAAUACUCCGAGACGACCUCAUGGACACCACCGCAGAAAAGGUGACAAGAAAAAAAGAAGGUGAAGUAAUGAGCUUAUUGUGGAAGCUUAACUUUCCUUGCAAAGUUGGGUUGUCAUAUUUUGUCCAAAAGCCGAAAUACAAUUUGUCCGAAAAUUAAAUUUCAUUUCUCAACAACGUUAAAUUGAAUGUUUGAAUAUUCCUGGCAAGGAAUCCAUUUAAUAAUAAAAAAUUCAAUUGAUAAAUUCCUAUUAAAAUAUGUAGAUCAGUAAGGUCAAAUGGUUAGUUUGACUUUAUUGAUGCAAAAUGGUAAAAGUCCCUUCCGACAAGGUGUCUUAGCAAAUAUUUCGGACAUUCAAGAUUUCGUGCUUUUUCGGACAAAAUAUGGGACGCCGCCAAGUUUGCUUCAAAAAUGCUGUGGAGGUGUGGUUAACGACAGAUUUGAUCCUAAUUAAAUUAUGUAAUCAAGAUAUAAUCGACACACUCUGCUCCAUGGACAGAGCAGUCUGUGAUUGUAAUAUAAAAAUUUGCUAACAAUAAUUUUAUGCAACGCAUUUAAUUCAGCUGUUUAUGUUAUUGAAUUAGUAGGUCCAACUAGUCAUGAUUACUAUUCUGAACCACAUUUUUUUUAUUAUUGAAUAAUUUGUAUCUAAAUGAGGCACGGUAAAAGAAUAAAGGAAUAUAUAAAAAAAACA